AUGGAACAGAGUCCCAACAAACUUUCCCCCGGACCGUGGCCUCUUCCGUUGAUCGGGGACCUUCAUCGCAUCCGACCUGCCAGGCUUCAUCUGCAGUUCACAGAGUUUGCAGAGAAAUAUGGAAAGAUUUUCAGCCUGCGGCUCUUCGGUGGAAGAGUUGUGGUCAUCAAUGGAUACAAGCUUGUGAGAGAGGCCCUGGUCCAAAAAGGGGAGGACUACGUCGAUCGCCCGGUCGUACCUCUUUUUGAUGAAAUGGUUGGAAACAGAGGUCUGGUGAUGUCAAACGGCAAUCUAUGGAAGCAACAGAGGAGAUUCGCUCUUCACACUCUCAGGAACUUUGGAGUGGGCAAGAAGACCCUGGAGCCAUCCAUCCAGCAGGAGAGCCAAUAUCUCACUGAGGCUUUUGCCAAUCACAAAGGACAUCCUUUUAAUGCCCAGCAGCUGAUAUCCAACGCUGUGUCCAACAUCAUCUGCUGCCUGGUGUUUGGGGAUCGCUACGAGUACACUGACAAGCUGUUCCAGAGUAUUCUUCAGGACUUCAAUGAGAUUGUGUUCUUAGAGGGAAGUCCAAGUGUACAGGUGAGCUUCAUGUGUAAAAAAGAUACAGUAAACUGUUUUUUGAUCAGGAUUAAUCCAUCCCUUAAUAGUCAAUGGGUUAUUUUAACUUAUUCUAACUUCAAACAAACAUAAAAAGCCAUUAAAGAAAAUAACCAGUGUACUCAUUAAAACAAAGAUCCCUGCACACGAUCGACAAAUUAAGUGAAAUAAGUGGUAAUUUUAACAAAUAUACUUCAAAUAUUUGUGCAAUAAAAUGCCAGAUCUGAAUAUUGUAACAUUUACCUUUAUUUAAGACAUUGUUUUUGUCCCAGUAGACACUUUGACAGAUUGUAAAUAUGGGCUCAGACAUAUUGCACCAGUAAUGACAUUUGGAGGCAGGACAUGUGCAGGAGGGAUCUGGAUGGAAGAGCCACUGAAUUCACCUCCACUAACCAAAGCACACACUUAACUUACUAAUAAACCUGCAAAGAUCCGAAGUUCAUUGACUCUUGUUU